GUUUCGCGUUGAAUGGAUGAAUUUCUCGGCAGAUGUAAAAAGAUAGAGGACAAAAUAGACAAGCUUAGAGUGUACAUCCACAAAUUGAAAAGCAUCUCAAAUAAGAAGGCAAACUCCAUCCUUUCAGACCAUGAAGAAACCGAACUGGACAAUAGGAUUUCUGUCCUUAACAACCUGUUUAAAGAGAAUUCUAAGCAGGUAAAGGAAAGGUUAAAGGCUAUGCAAGAAGAAAACAACCAGCUAAACCCUGAGGACGAAGAAUUCGAAGCCGAUACGAGAAACAACAGGUGGCAGGUGCUGACUAAUUAUUUAGCCGAAACGAUUGAAUUAUACCGAACUGAACAGCUCAACCACACAAAAGAGGAGAAGGAGCGACUAAAAUCGCAGUUUCUUAUUGCCAAGCCUGAUGCCUCGGAGGAGGAGCUGCACGAAUUAGUCAAUUCUUCUGAGGGACACAAGCUGUUGGAGAAAGAGUUUAGACCAGGCGCCUGCUCAUCGAAGGGUAUCCUGAAGAAGGCUGGCGAGAGAAAUAAAAAUAUCAAAAAAAUCGUGGCCUCAAUCAACGAAUUGGUGUCACUCAUCGACGAAUUGCACGAAAUGGUGAUGAGCUCGCGCAAAAUUGUUGAUAACAUUGAAAUAGAAAUCGACGUGACCAAGAAGACAGUGAAAGAAGCCAAAAAGGAUCUUGAAAAGGCAAGAAACUACCAGAAAGCAGCUAUGUACAUUAAGUAUGUUAUUCUUUUCAUUUUUGCACUUGGUAUUUCAUUUCUUAUAAUUGGUGCCAUUCUUUUCGGGCUAGCCAAGCUCUUUUUUAGCAGCUGGCAGGAUAAAAACAAGAAUGACAAUAAAUUAAACAAUACCAAUGACAACAGCACACAGAACAACACCGCAGGUUAAAAAAUAUGCCAGAAGACGGCAUAUAAUGGCCCUAUCAGGUCCCUGAUUAUAAAAACUACAAAUGUUU